UCGUGGUAAGGCGAAUUUAGACAUACGCGUGCUGCCUGCGAGACGUGCGUCAACCGGCCCCGGAUCAACCCACAAUGUGGUCACAAUGAAAUUGGAGUAACCCAAGGAGAAAAAGAGAAGAAAAAAGCUUUAACGUACGCUCAUGACAAGCGUCGUGAAUCGCCCCAAUCAAGUGCUUUACCUUAAUUAUUGAAAUUGAAACUACUACCAGGUUGGACACCACGAUGGUUUGGUUUCGGAGAGAAGAUGCAUCAAGACUCGUGUUAUAUCUCGCAUUGGCACUGCUGGUAUGCUCGUGUGCGACGUUGUGCGACGGAAAGAAUGAGGGUAGUCAUUUUACUGCGUCUACCGAAGAGCACGAGGUCAAGUAUUUGGAUACGCUCAAGGAAUGGAUCGCAAAGGCCAUGGACCGGGCCCCACGCGAUGUUAUGCGAAAAAUCAUGGCGGCAAACAUCUCUGUCGAUUGCAGCAUUGGCCUCCUCAAGUUAGUGCGCGGAAUUCGCAACCUGGAACCGUGGGUUCUACGACUGCUGGAUUCGACGGGCAAGUACCCCACAGGUGCCCUCCAAGUUUCACGAACGGACCUGGGUGCCUUCGACGAGUGUGUCGAAACCGUGGUGUUGAACAACUACGGGCAUGAGACGGUACGCGGACAGUACUGCAACCUGCAACUUUACGCAGGAAACAGGAGCGACAUGGACGACCGAAUCAUGGCAGCUGUGGCUCUUAGGCACCCUAGGAUUGGAAGAUUCAGGCAGCAUGCUAAGGAGCGGCGCAUACCAUUCGUGCGCAUAGGAAUAUGCGUGAUGAACGCCUGCAAUGAGCGAGAAAUGGAGGCGCUUAUGAGAGCAGUGCUUCCCUCUUCAAUUCACGUCACCAUAUCAGACUGCGUUACGGAAAUUUCUCCUGGUGUGACAAAAGCGCAAGUUAUUAUCGGUGCAGUAAUAGCUUUUCUGACGGCGAUGAUUGUUAUUGGCACAGCCGUAGACAUGCGUAGAGCAAGAGGGCUUCACAAAGACAGAAAGCCGAAUAUUUUAGUCACUGCCCUGAGGUCUUUCUCCUUGGUGACUAACACUCGAGCCAUAUUUAAAACAGCGAAAGAAGAAAGGUCUGAAGGGCCCAGCCAGGGAUUUCUGCAUGGCAUCAGAUUCAUCAGUCUAAUAUGGGUGGUAGUGGGACACUGCUACGUCUCAAACUCGCACGUGUGGUCCCGCAUGGUCAACGUAAUAUUAUACGCUGAUGGCUGGACGAGUGUGUUCGCAGGAUUGGGAAGCAUGGGCUUCGACAGUCUCUUCUUUCUGACUGGAUUUGUUCUAGCUUUCACCGUGUGCCAACACAAGGGAACAAGAGUUACUAUUUUUCUUUUUGAAGUCGUGAAGAAAUAUAUCAGGACAACGGUACCCAUGUUCUUUGUUAUAAUGUGCCUGUACCUGCUGCCACUGCUCGCGACGGGACCGAAUGCGAAAGAAUACUUCACGAAAAUCCACGAAGACUUGACUAAACACUGGCUAUUCUUGCUGCUGCAAGUGCAAAAUUACGCUUUCACCGCGGAUCCCAUUGUCCCGCCGUUUGUGUACUUGUGGUACGUCUCCCUGGAUUUCCAGUUCUUCCUUCUGUGUCUACCGAUACUACUUCUGGUAAAAAAGUAA